GUAGAGGCGAAGAUGGAAACCGCGUCGCUUCAUGAACGGAUCCCACCGCUCAUGGCUCCAGAGAAAUUGGUACCUGGAGAAGAUUUCGACGUUUCGGAAUCGCAGAUACUACGUUAUGUUCGCAAUAUUCCAUCACCAUUUCGGGCAGAUGCGGACUUCAACCUCCCGGACGAUGUGGAUAACCUUCUGGUGACCCUGAGGUGGAGACUGGCGGGACCAAAAACGUCAUUAGAAUAUUGGGAGGAGUUCUACGUGCGACAGCAACGACCUGAGGAAAGUCUGAUGAACGAUAUGGGGUCCGUGCUGGGUUGGCAUACACCAUGUAUACGCACUUCACCUUUUCUGGAUCGGUUUCUGGCUGGGCUCCGGGAACCCAGAGCCAAAGAUGAACUACAACUACGACCACCAAAAGACCUUGCCGCCGCAGAGUCAAUUGCCGACAUCCUGGACCGGAACGGGCACCUGGUAAGGCAACCUCAAGGAGUUUUCCCUGCAGGUUUCAGCCAGGAAGGGAGAACACCAACCAGAGAAAAUGGCGAAAGGAAACCCUCAAUGGUACCCACAUGCUACACCUGUCGUCAAACCGGACAUACCUCGCGAUUUCGUGGGGAGCGUGGAGACGCUUAUCGGAUAGUUGCUAUUACCUCAUUGUUCAAACGCCCGUCUCAUCUAAGUCAAAUGGUUAGACCAUCAAGCCUGACUAUGGUACCGGAGACCGGAGGAAAAUAUGUCGGUUUGAGUAAGAAUCCACCAAAGUCGGUCAAAUGCCUCGACUGGCCUGGUGUAGAGGAAUCGGGGCACUACCGCUCGUCGGACGUGGACGACUUCAAUCAAAAAAUUAUCGUGAUAUGA